AGCCCCCGGGCCGCCUCUUCCCCUCGCGGCCCGGCGCAGCGGGCGGGGGGCGGGCGCUGCCGCCGCCGCCGGAGCCCCACCAGCCCCGCCGAGCCCCGCAGCCCGCCGCCGCCGCAGCGCCUCGCCCCGGAUCGCGGCCGGCAGCAGGCGGGAGGCGGCGGCGGCUGGCAAAGCCCCGCGGGCCGCUCAGCCGGCUACCUGCGCGGCAGGGCCUGAGCGCCGAGCCCGGCUCCGACAUGUCCGGCAAGAUCGAGAAAGCAGAUUCUGAGCGUUCCCAUCUCUCCUCGUUCACUAUGAAGUUGAAGGGCAAGUUUCAUUCACCAAAAAUAAAGAGAACCCCUUCAAAGAAAGGAAAGCAAGUUGACCUGACAGUGAAAACACCAGAGAAGUCAGUGAACAAAAAUGUAUCAUGGCUAGAGGAAAAGGAGAAGGAGGUUGUCAGUGCAUUGCGCUACUUUAAGACCAUUGUGGACAAAAUGGCAAUUGAUAACAAGGUGUUAGAGAUGCUGCCAGGCUCAGCAAGUAAAGUGCUGGAAGCCAUCCUGCCCUUGGUGCAAACGGAUCCACGCAUCCAGCAAAGCUCUGCCAUCUCGUCCUGCUAUAGCCGUGUGUACCAGAGCCUGGCCAAUCUAAUCCGCUGGUCUGAUCAAGUGAUGCUGGAAGGCGUGAAUUCGGAAGACAAGGAGAUGGUGACAACAGUGAAGGGUGUCAUAAAAGCAGUUCUGGAUGGAGUCAAGGAGCUGGUCAGACUCACGAUUGAAAAGCAGGAGCAUCCCUCUCCCACAAGCCCAGUUAAACCCAGUUUACCAGCAUGUAAAUCUGACAGCCCAUCAGAACUUCCCCUUACAGACCGAGAAAUGGAGAUCCUCAACAAAACAACUAAUAUGACUCAAUCCAAUGAGCUACUGACUGACUCCAUGGACGAAGAAGUUGCACCUCCCAAACCCCCUCUGCCUAGCAUUCGUGUGGCAGAAAACAGCCCUCCACCAGCAUUACCUCCUAAAAAGCGGCAGUCGGCACCUUCCCCGACCAGAGUGGCGGUUGUGGCCCCCAUGAGUCGAGCCACCAGUGGGUCCAGUUUACCUGUUGGAAUCAACAGACAGGAUUUUGAUGUGGACUGCUAUGCCCAGAGAAGGUUGUCAGGUGGAAGCCACUCCUAUGGGGGGGAAUCUCCUCGCCUCUCACCAUGCAGUAGCAUCGGCAAACUCAGCAAGUCUGACGAGCAGCUCUCUUCUCUGGACCGCGACAGCGGUCAGUGCUCCCGCAACACAAGCUGUGAAACAUUAGAUCAAUCAGAUCACUAUGAUCCCGACUAUGAAUUCCUGCAGCAAGACCUCUCCAAUGCUGAUCAGAUACCUCAGCAGGCUCCAGGUAUCCUCAGCCCGUUGCCAGAGUCUUUGGGUGAGUCUGGCUCCCCUUUCCAUGGACAUGCUUUCCAGCUCCCACAGGGCACCUCUCCUCCACUGGAAUUCUGCAGCCUCUCAGGAGCAGCACAGCCAACAGAGACUCCUCCAGCUUUACCAGAAAAGAAGAGGAGGAGUGCAGCCUCUCAGACUUCAGAUAACUCAGGCUGCAGGGUGUCCUAUGAGAGGCACCCUUCCCAAUACGAUAACAUCUCGGAGGAUGACAUGCAGAAUGCAGUGUCUGUCCCAUCAAUACCCUUCACACCGUUUGCUGCUGUUUUGCCUUUCCAGCAAGGAAACUCUUCAGCACCAGUUGAAUUCAUUGCUGAUUUUGCUGCUCCAGAUUCUAACAGUGACCCUGAGAAGCCACCUCCUCUGCCAGAGAAGAAAAACAAACACAUGAUGGCGUACAUGCAGUUUGUGGAAGACUACUCCGAGCCACAGCCGUCCAUGUUCUACCAGACCCCUCAGAAUGAACACAUCUACCAGCAGAAGAACAAGCACCUCAUGGAAGUCUAUGGGUUCAAUGACUCCUUUAUCAGCUUAGACCCCUCUCAAGAUCUGGCACCUCCUCCUGCUCUCCCACCCAAGCAGAGGCAGCUGCAGGCCUCCUAUGCUGCCUCUUCUCUCUCUCCUGUCUCCUACUGUGUCCAGCAAACUAAAGUGCCCUUCACCCCCGAGGACACCGGUGCCACUCAGGGCCUCACUAUGUCAGUCUCUAACUCCUUUCUCAACCGGCACAGCUCCUUUCCUGUGCAUUCGUACAAAUCUGUGUUUAGGUCCUACUCCCAGGACUUUGUGCCUCACAACCAAGUCUCCAUACCUCCUUUCCUCUCUUCUACCUCCUCCUCCUGCUCCACCCCACCUUUUCCUCCCGUCCAUCCAUCUCAGAGCUCUGACCUAGCGGUGCCUGCCGCAGCCAGCCAGUCUCCCAGCACUGUGGAUGUGCCAAACUCCUCUUCUCAGGAGAGCAGCUUUAACGGGAAUGCUCCUGUCUGCCUUCCUUCUGAAACCUCUUUCACUGAUUCUCUCCAGACGCCUUCGAGUGAAAACGCCAGUGAGGAGGCUGGUGAGGGUGAAUACGUCAAUCUGUAUUCCUCUGGCCAGAGCAACGGGGAACUCCCUCGCUCUGAAGGAGAAUCUCCCUCUGUCAAAGACAGCCACUCCAAAGACUCCGCUUUGAACAGCAGUGCCAUGGGGAAGGAAGGCAAAGAUGGUGCUGAAAGGCAGCAGCAGUCACCAGAUGCUUUGGAGUCAUCACAGUUGGAGGAAGAGGUAGAUGAGCUAUCCCUUAUCGACCACAGUGAAAUUAUGGCUAGGUUAACGUUGAAGCAAGAGGGAGAUGAUGGGCCAGAUGUUCGUGGUGGAUCUGGAGACAUUUUGUUGGUGCAUGCAACAGAGACCGACAGGAAAGAUCUGGUGCUGUACUGUGAAGCUUUCCUGACUACAUACAGGACGUUUAUUACCCCUGAAGAGCUCAUCAAGAAGCUGCAGUACAGAUAUGAGAAGUUUUGCCACUUCCCAGACACGUUUAAGAAGCGAGUCAGUAAGAACACCUUCUUCGUGCUGGUGCGAGUGGUGGACGAGCUGUGCUUAGUGGAGUUGACAGAAGAAAUCCUCAAGCUGCUGAUGGACCUGGUCUUCAGGCUGGUGUGCAACGGGGAGCUGAGCCUCGCCAGAGUGCUGCGCAAAAACAUCCUGGAUAAAGUGGAUCAGAAGAAAAUGCUGAGCUACACCAAUUCCAUCAAACCUCUUGCAGCCCGUGGGGUGGCAGCCAGGCCUGGGACCCUGCAUGAUUUCCACAGUCAUGAAAUAGCUGAGCAGCUGACCCUGCUAGAUGCUGAACUUUUCUAUAAAAUCGAGAUCCCAGAAGUUCUGCUUUGGGCGAAGGAGCAAAACGAAGAGAAGAGCCCCAACCUCACACAGUUCACAGAGCACUUUAAUAACAUGUCCUACUGGGUCCGGUCAAUAAUUAUGCUCCAAGAGAAAGCCCAAGACCGAGAGAGGCUGCUCCUUAAAUUUAUAAAGAUUAUGAAGCACUUACGAAAGCUGAAUAAUUUUAAUUCCUAUCUGGCCAUUCUUUCUGCACUGGAUUCUGCACCUAUCCGAAGGCUGGAGUGGCAGAAGCAAACCUCAGAGGGCCUGGCUGAGUACUGCACGCUGAUUGACAGCUCCUCGUCCUUCCGCGCCUACCGAGCAGCUCUGGCUGAUGUGGAGCCUCCCUGCAUACCUUACCUAGGCCUGAUUCUGCAGGACCUGACCUUUGUUCAUCUGGGAAACCCUGAUUACAUUGACAGCAAAGUGAACUUUUCCAAGCGCUGGCAGCAGUUUAACAUCCUGGACAGCAUGAGGUGCUUCCAACAAGUCCAUUACGACAUCAAAAGAAACGACGACAUCGUGUCCUUCUUCAACGACUUCAGCGACCACUUGGCUGAGGAGGCCCUGUGGGAGCUGUCCCUCAAAAUCAAACCUCGGAACAUCACGAGGCGGAAAACAGACCGGGAAGAGAAAACCUAGGAGGAGGGGUUGUGCGAGCGAGGAGAAUUGCUCCGCAGGCGCCCCGAGGGCAGCUAUGAGACUGGAGUUCCGUGUUUGUACCUGUUACUGGAUGAUGAUGCACCCUCCCUCCCCGCUGGGGGGGUGAACGUCGGGCGCUCGCAGCAGGCAGGAGGUGACCGGGGCGCGCCGUGGGCCGCGCAGGGCAGAGAUCAGCCGGUGCUCGCUGCACUCACCCUCCUCCUCCUCCUCCUCCUCCUCCUCCUCCUCCUCCCGUCCCUCUGUGCCAUGAAUCAGCUUUAAACCCGGGGAGAGAGCCUUGUGGAAGGAGGGUCCCAUGCAGGUGUGUUACUGGUUUGCUGGCCGGUUGCAUCCGGGAAUACCCAGGCUUUUGUUUUCAUCCACAAAGGAGGGUUGGCGAGAGCUCAGCACCCACAGACUUGUCUCCGGAGCGGUGGCAGCAGCGGUGGAAGCUGAGGGUUUGAGUCUCCCCUGUAACACCACCACCUUGAAACGUGUUCGUCCAUAGGAGAUGAGGAUGGAAGAGGCUCCCGCUGCCUGCCGGAGGAGCUCUGCUUUCAGAGAGCUGCUUGUGUUUACAGGGGUCUAUGGUUUACCCCAGGUCCGGCGCCUUCUUCAUGGGAGGAAGGCACCAGUCGUAGCUAGGGAAGAGGCACUGAAAAUGGGCCAUCUCCAGCCAUCGUAUCCCCCUCCUCCUCUCAGAUCUCCUUAUUUAAGCAACGGUGACCCCUCCGAACCCUGGAAACGCGGACUACCGAGGUACUGCGGGUCACCCGUCCGUGGAGCCCUGUCUUCUAGCGAUGGUACUAGCUUUUGCACAGUAAAUGCUGUAGAAUACGAGACUGUAAA